UGGAGUGGGCGGAGUUUAGCAUUGGAGUGACGUGUUUAUGAGUCCUGCAGUAAGGUUAUAUGAGGUUUGUUAUUCUUCUAUAAUACUGAACAAUACCUUUUGUUUAUUAAGAAGCGAGGAACGUGUCACACAGCACACUGCUCUAGAUCCAAAGGAACGAAUCCAUCUUCACUAAAGGUCAGGAGGACCAACAGCGCUCCAUGGCAUCCAUCCGCCACCUACAUAGGUUCCUAUAAGGUGUCAGGAUGUGGCGGUCUAUUUCUCCAUGGAGGAGUGGGAGUAUGUAGAAGGACACAAGGAUCUGUACCAGGACAUAGUCAUGAUGGAGGAUCACCGGCCCCUCACAUCACAAGAUGGAGUCAUUGAUAGAAUUCCACCCAAGAGGUGCCCCUGUCCUCUGUAUUCCCAGGACUGUCCAGAGGAAAAUGUCGUAGAGAACCAUCAGGUAGAUGACGUUAAAGGGGUUCUCCACCAUAAGGUGAUAUUAGGUGAAGAUCUGAUGUGUAUUAAGGUUGAGGUCAAAGAUGAACCAGAAGAGGAGACGGAUUUCGUGGCCGAUCAGCAGUAUGGAGUCAUUGAUAGAAAUCCACCCGAGAGGUGUCCCUGCCCUCUGUACUCCCAGGACUGUCCUGAGGGAAAUGUCCCAGAGAAGCAUCAGGGGGGAGAUCUGACUAAUAUUAAAGUGGAGGAUGAAGAAGAGAGGAUGAGGGGCCAUCACCCGUGUAUGAGGGAAGUGAAGGAGGAAAUUCCAGGAGGUGUUACCCCAGAAAAUCCCAAAACGAAUUCUAAGGAAAACCUCACAUUAUCGCAAAAUUAUAAAGGAGAAGAUGAAGAUAUGAUGGAGCGCUCCUCAGGAGAAGACCUCCUUACCCCUAAUGUCCAUCCAGAUCUAUCCUAUAAUAAUCCACCUGAUCAUGAGGAACCUUCUCCUGACCAACCACACAUUGUUACCACAAGGACAGAGCAGAAAGGGAGGAAAAUGUUCCAGUGUGAUGAAUGUGGGAAAGAGUUUACGAAAAGCUCAAAUCUUUAUACACACAGAGGAAGUCACACAGGAGAGAAGCCGUUUUCGUGUUCAGAAUGUGGGAAAUGUUUUAUUCAGAAAUCACAUCUUGUUUCACAUGAGAGAAUUCACACAGGAGAGAAGCCGUAUUCAUGCUCAGAAUGUGGAAAACGGUUUGCAAUGAAAUCGCAUCUUGUCAGACAUGAGAGGAUUCACACAGGAGAGAAGCCGUAUUCAUGCCCUGAGUGUGGGAAAUGUUUUACGAAUAAAUCAAGUCUGGUUGUGCACGAGAGAACUCACACAGGGGAGAAGCCGUAUGCAUGUGCAGAAUGUGGGAAGUCCUUUAUAAGUCAAUCAAAUCUUGUAAUACACGAGAGAAGUCACACAGGAGAGAAGCCAUAUUCGUGUUCUGAAUGUGGGAAAUUCUUUAGAAUCAAAUCACAUCUUCAUACACACGAGAGAAGUCAUAUAGGAGAAAAACCAUACUCUUGUUCUGAAUGUGGGAAAUGUUUUACACAAAAAGCACAUCUUGAUCAGCAUGAGAGAACUCACACAGGAGAGAAGCCGUUUUCAUGUUCAGAAUGUGGGAAAUAUUUCACAGAUAAAUCUAAUCUUCUAAGGCAUCAGAGAACUCAUGCAGGAGAGAAGACAUCUUGAAGUUCUAUAUUUGGAAAAUGUUUUGCAAGGAAAAAAAAUGGAAGCUUAUUAAAAAAUUCAUAUUGAGAAAAUGGUAGGAAUGUGGGAAAUGCUAUGAAACUAAAUAUUUCUCUCGUGUCUCAUUAACAGGCAAUAAUAGGUUUAUCUUUUGGGUGAAAUUAUCCUGAAAUUAUCUACCGAACAUUCAAGUUACAUUUUUGUGAAGUGAAAUUUAAUUUUAUCCAUAUAUACUGUAUAUAGCGCUGACAUAUUCCACAUCAAUGAUCUAUAGUUUUUUUUCCAAUAUUUUUAUUUUUCCAUUUUACUAUCUAUAUUAUAAAAUAAUCCUGAAUUUUUUGCAGUAUUUAUUCUGACCACUAGGCCUAAUACUGAGCUGUGAUUUCCUUUUCUGUCUGUGAAGAUAAGGAGGAGGCGGAUGGAAAGUGAUCUGUACAGCAUUAAAUGGUCACUGUCGGAAUCAAAAACUUUUUUUUAUUUUUUUAUAAUAUUUUACGAGACUACAAGGUUACAUAAUUCGCAGUUCUAACAAUUACAUACAUAAUCACUUCCCAGUCAUCUCCCAUACUGUGGCGCCAUCACCUUCCUAUAUCUUUUUAUCAUUUUCCAUCUGGUGUGUUUCUGAUUUUAUUAGUGUUAUUUAACUCUAUACAUUCCAGUAUUUUAAUACGAAUUCUCUAUUUCUCCCUUAAAUUUUUCCAUAAUUCUUUUCAUUUCACCAUU